AUCCCGCCUUGAAUGCCAAAAAAACUUUCAAAAUAACUUCUACCCACAAUAAAGAAGAAAUGUUGUAAAUUUUAGGCAUUUUAGAUGUCGGUAGAAGUGUUUUAUAGGAUGCGCAAAAAAUGAAAAAGAAAGACUUUUUGGGACGGAGGGAGUACAAAUUAAGAAGGAAUAUUAUACCCAGAAUAGUAUACUCAUCAUUUCUGCCCCUUUUCUCUAUCUUUGCUCUAAAACUUACCUUAACACUCCAUUUUCAUAAGAAAAAUAAUGGAAAUAAGUACCAGUCCAGAGAAUGAGAGCACAUCCAGCGACUCCGCGGCGGCGCCGGCGUCUUUCCCGGCGCCGGCGAAAUGGCCGGAGAGUUUAUGCCGGAUGGGAAGCGGAACGAGCGCGAUCAUCGACGCUGCGGAUAGCGGCGUCGAGGCCGAGUCUUGCCGGAAGCUGCCGUCGUCGAGGUUCAAAGGCGUGGUCCCGCAGCCGAACGGCCGGUGGGGCGCGCAAAUCUACGAGAAGCACCAGAGGGUUUGGCUGGGGACGUUCAACGAGGAGGAGGAGGCCGCCCGGGCUUACGACGUCGCGGCCCUCCGCUUCCGCGGCCGCGACGCCGUCACAAACUACAAACCGCCGCAAGUUCUAUCAGACGAUGGCGGCGGUUUCGAGUCCGCGUUUCUCGGGUCCCACUCCAAGCUCGAGAUCGUCGACAUGCUCCGAAAGCACACUUACGAUGACGAGCUGGAGCAGUUCAAGGCCGGCGGUGGCGGCGGUGCCGCCGCCGCCGCGACUGCCGCCAAGAAAAGCGGGAAUGCAUCUCGUGAACCGCUUUUCGAGAAGGCGGUGACGCCGAGUGACGUCGGAAAGCUGAACCGGCUCGUCAUCCCGAAACAGCACGCCGAGAAGCACUUCCCGCUGCAGAGCGGCGGCGGCGGCGGGGAGGGGCCGAAAGGGAUUUUGUUAAAUUUCGAGGACCAUGAGGGAAAAGUGUGGAGAUUCCGGUACUCGUACUGGAACAGCAGUCAAAGCUACGUGUUGACCAAAGGGUGGAGCCGGUUCGUGAAGGAGAAGAGUCUCAGACCGGGCGACGUCGUUUUCUUCCUCCGGUCUACCGGUCACGAAAAGCAGCUAUACAUAGACUGGAAAGCGGUGGGAGGGGGUGGCGUGCCACCUCCGCCGCCGCAGGUUCGGUACAGGACAAUCGGGUGUCUGCAAAAGAGCCCGGUUCAAGUGGUCCGGCUUUUCGGAGUGAACAUAUGGAAUAGUAAUGUCCGAGACGACGCUAGCGGGACCGGCGGGGAGAUCGCCGCCACGUGCGGCGGCGUGAAGAGGCUGAGGGAAAUGGAGUUGCUUGCGGUAGACGGUGGCAAGAAACAAAGGCCGAUUGAUGCUUUGUAGCCGAAAUUCAGUACAGUACGGUGUAUUAUUAAUUUAGACUCAAUCAAUUUCUCUCCUUUUUAAUUCACUGAAUUAUUUUUGUGCUAAAAAUUACAAAAUGUAUAUUAGGGGAUGGAAUUGGAAAUGCUAUUGCUCUUGAUCGUCCGGUAGACCCUGACGAGUUGGUUUGUUUCACUCGACGACAUACGGAUGGUAGUUGGAUUGACGACCGCUCAAAGGAGAUAUAUGACAAGUACCAAGAGGCUAUCCACGACAUUUCAUCUCAAGCCUCGAUUGGCGGCACUCAACCUGAAGCUGUAGACUCAUUGA